AUGAAUAAUAAGGAGAUCAGAAUCGGUGCUUUGUUGGUGCUAGACACAAUCUUUUUCCUACUUGAAGCCAUUAUUGGCUACACGGUGCAGUCGUUGGCCUUGAUAGCCGACUCGUUCCACAUGCUCAAUGAUAUCAUAUCGUUGAUUAUCGCGCUCUGGGCAGUCCGCAUGAAAAAUUCAAAGCCAGCAGAUGGCAAGUACACUUAUGGUUGGCAAAGAGCCGAGAUCUUGGGCGCUUUGAUCAAUGCUGUCUUUUUGAUUGCCUUGUGCUUCACCAUUAUCAUGGACGCCAUCCAGCGGUUUUUCCUGCCUCAAGUCAUUACCAACCCUAAGUUAAUCUUGGUGGUGGGCAUUGCCGGGUUGAUUAGUAAUGGAGUCGGGUUGAUAUUGUUUCACGAACAUGGUCAUUCCCACUCUCAUGGCGGUGGUGGUGGUGAUGGACACGGCCACGGCCAUUCGCAUUCUCAUGCCGACGGAGAAGGACACGGACUCGAUAGGCACGAUGAAGAAGAGCACGUUGGUGAGGAUACACCCUUGAUCAACUCCGAUGCCAAUGCCUCUAAUGUGUUUGAUUACUUCCCAGAUAAUGUUGUUGCGAGAUACAACUCUGUGACUCCAGAAGCAGCAGGGGAUAAAAUUGGCGAUGAUGAGGAAGAAGGAGAAGGAGAAGGAGGAGAAGAACAUGGCCACUCUCAUAAUCUGCACCAACACGAAGACGCUAAAAAGAGCAAGAGGAAAUCAAUGAAUAUGGAAGGUGUCUUUUUACAUGUAUUGGGAGAUGCCUUGGGUAACGUUGGUGUCAUCAUUACCGCUUUGGUCAUUUGGAAAACCGAUUACUCUUGGAGAUACUACGCCGACCCCGUGACUUCCCUAGUCAUUACCCUCAUCAUCUUCAACAGUGCCUUGCCCUUAUGUCGUAAAUCGUCCAAGAUUCUAUUACAAGCAACACCAGCAUAUAUCAACUCGGACCAAAUAGUCGCCAGUAUAAACAAGCUUCCCUUGGUUAAGAACAUUCACGAUUUCCACGUGUGGGGGCUAAACGAAGACAUCUUGAUUGCCUCAUUGCACGUGGAGUUCACCCCGAAUUGCGAAGUGAUACUUCCUGCCUCAGGCGGCCACGACACAUCGAACGGCUCGCAGAUCUCAAGCGAAGACGACGAUUUAAAGACGAUGCACAUCAAUCGACAAGUUUUCCUUACCGUUGUCUCGCAAGUACGUGACGUUUUACACAAGUACGGCAUUCAUUCAGUCACUAUCCAGCCGGAGUUCCCCAGUAUCAAGAACAAGAUCAAAACCAAUAAUGGUGCUGGAGAUGAACAAAAUGCAUUUGGCAGUACUUCAAAGCUGAAUUGUCUAGUUGAUGAAUUUACCAAUUGCGAUAGUCAAAGUUGCCAUUAA